AUGAUUGACAUCUAAAUAAUAAAGGAAGGUAUUGGAGACACUCCUAGAUAAUACGAAGAAGUUUUCUGUAAUAAUAAAUAUCUCAAAUCUUAGUCUUUUUUAUUGCUCACAAUCAUAAAGGAGAAUUACUUACUGGAUCAUAACAUACUGCUACUAAAACAAUAAUUGGAAGAGGAUGGUUAUAACCAGAAGUCGAAGAAGCUUUAAGUAAAAUGAAAUAAGGGGAAAGAAGUCUCAUUAAGAUUUAUCAUUCACCUGCCACAAAAGUAUUAUAUAUAACUAUCCAAAAGGAAUUUUAUGAUUAAUAUGAAAUCGAGAUUAUAAGAAUAGGGAGAAAGAAGAAUAAUCCAUGGCAUUUAGAAGGAGAGGAAGUAUAUGAGAAAGCUUUGGAAUUAAAAGGAUUAGGGAAUGGAGAUAUUAAAUAAUAAAAAUAUCUAGAAGCUUAAAAUAAAUAUUUGGAAUCAUUAAAUUUAAUAAAAACAGAGUAUUGUGAUAGAGAAUUAGAAUUAUAAGGUUAAUUGAGAUCUAAUUUAUCUUUAACAUAUUUGAAAAAUAAAUAAUUUGAAUAAUGUAUCAAAUAAGCAUCAAAUGUAUUAUAAGGAUAACCAGAAAAUGUUAAAUUAUUACAUAGAAGAGCUGUGGCUUCAAUUUAAAUUGAUGAUUUUGAUAGUGCUAAGUAAAUAAUAUAAUAAUAUAAUUAGAUGUGAUUUAAAAUUGGCAAAUUAAUUGGAUCCAUAGAAUGAGGAAGUAAUAAAAGAAUUAUAGAGUAUUGGAGAGAAAGAGAAAUAGAUUAAGAAGAAAUAGUAGGAGAGAGCAAAGAAAAUGCUUUUUGGAGAAUGAA